CCUGUGGCUCUGUUCUUCUUCACACCGACAUGAGCUAAUCCUUCCGCGGAAAGCCGCUCGGAGACACGGACCCGGAGACAAGACGCACCGGGGACAAGACGCACCGGGGGCAAAGACGCACCGGGGACAAGACGCACCGGGAGAGGAGGAGACCGGACCCGGAGUGGACGUGACCGGACCCGGAGUGGACCUGAGCGGACCCGGAGUGGACGUGACCCGCGGCCCGAGCACAGAGCCGCUCCGUCCCCGCGCGCUGUGGAUCUGCACCGGGGGAGAUUACGGACCGAACCAGAGUCCAGGUUCUUGUCUCUGGUCUGUGAGGGACCAUGGAGGAGCUGCUGUUGCCGAGCGCAGAGGAGGAGACUCGGUCGGCGGACAGCGUCCCGUUCGCCUCGGAGCCCAGCGAGGGGCGGAGCCUCGGGGAGCGGGUCACGCGCUUCCUGCAGGGCCCCGCCGUGACGGAGCUACGAGGAACCAUCCGAAACUUCUGCCGCCGCAACGGACUCCUCACGCUGUCCGUGAUCGCCGUGGUCACGGGCUGCACGCUCGGAUUCAUGCUGCGAGGAACUCAGCUCAGCACGCAGGCAAAGAUUUACUUCUCGUUCCCUGGAGAGCUGCUCAUGAGGAUGCUCAAGAUGCUGAUCCUGCCCCUCAUCACCUCCAGUCUGAUGUCGGGCCUGUCGUCGAUGGAGUCUAAAGCCUGCUGCAGGAUGGGCGUCCUCACCGUCACCUAUUACCUGUGGACGACCUUCAUCGCCGUCGUCGUGGGCAUCGUCCUCGUCCUCAUCGUCAAACCGGGCGUGGGCACCGACAUGGAGAGUAACCGGCUCGGGGGAGGACCCGUGAUGACCUCCGCCGACGCCCUGCUCGACCUCAUCAGAAACAUGGUUCCCUCAAACCUGGUGGAGGCCACGUUUCAGCAGUACAAGACGGACCUGGUGCCCAUCCUCAAAGUGCCGACGCGGACGGUGCCGCCCAGCUUCGUGUACGUGAUCCCGGACGAGAGCGCCCCCGGUGGACGCACCGUGUACCUGGAGCUGACGCCGGCCCCCGAGGUCCACUACAAGACAAGCCCCGGGACGAGCCAACAGAUGAACGUCCUCGGCAUCGUCAUCUUCUCCGCCACCAUGGGUCUGCUGCUCGGUCGGAUGGGGGAGAGAGGAGCUCCUCUGGUGAACGUUUGUCAGUGCAUCAACGAGUGCGUCAUGAAGAUCAUCAACGCGGCCGUGUGGUACUUCCCGUUCGGGAUCAUCUUCCUGGUUGCGGGGAAGAUCCUGGACAUGGCCGACCCGAGUUCGCUGGGGAGGAAGUUGGGCUGGUACGGCGUCACGGUUCUCGCCGGACUCUUCGUCCACGGACUCAUCCUCCUCCCGCUUUUCUACUUCAUCCUCACGCACAAAAACCCCUUUAAAUACAUCCGAGGUCUGCUGCAGGCCAUGGUCAUCGCACUCGCAACCUCCUCCAGCUCCGCGACUCUGCCCAUCACCAUGAAGUGUCUGCUGGAGAACUGCCGCGUGGACCGGCAGAUCGCCCGCUUCGUGCUGCCCGUCGGCGCCACCAUCAACAUGGACGGCACGGCGCUGUACGAGGCGGUGGCGGCCAUCUUCAUCGCCCAGGUCAACGACUACGAGCUCGACUUUGGGCAGCUGGUCACCAUCAGCAUCACGGCGACGGCGGCGAGCAUCGGGGCGGCGGGGAUCCCUCAGGCUGGACUCGUUACCAUGGUGAUAGUCCUGACUUCGGUCGGGCUUCCUCCUGAUGACAUCACGCUCAUCGUGGCCAUUGAUUGGAUCCUGGAUCGGUUUCGGACGAUGAUAAACGUUCUGGGCGACGCUCUGGCCGCUGGGAUCAUCGCUCACCUCUGCAGGAAGGACUUUCCCCUCAGCAACUCCGGCAAGGGCGUCCCUUCGUACGGGACGGGGAAGCCUCACAGUGUGAACGUCCCGAUGACGGAGCUGCACUCGCACAGAGACUGUCUGUACGACGACGACCUGAGCGAGAGACACACGGUCUACUACAACAUCUGCCAGGUCUGAACCGGGACUAGACCUGGUUUAGUCCUGGUUUAGACCUUCUUUAGACCUGGCACAUGAUCUACUAUAACAUCUGCCAGGUCUGUACCGGGACUGGACCUGGUUUGGUUCUGGUUUAGUUCUCAGUUAGACCUGGGACAUUGGUCUAGAAGAACAUCUGCCAGGUCUAAAUAGGGACUAGACCUGGUUUAGUCCUGGUUUGGUCCUGGUUUAGACCUUCUUUAGACCUGAUACAUGGUCUACUACAACAUCUGCCAGGUCUGAACCGGGACUAGACCUGGUCUGGUCCUGGUCUAGACCUUCUUUAGACCUGGCACAUGGUCCAGAAGAACAUCUGCCAGGUGUAAAGAAGGACUAGACCUGGUUUAGUUCUGGUUUAGUUCUUCUUUAUACCUGACACAUGGUCUACUACAACGUCUGCCAGGUCUAAAUCAGGACUAUACCAGGACUAUACCAAGACUAAACCAGGACUAAACCAGGUCUGGACCGGGGCUAGACCACCACAGCACCAGGUCUGGACCAGGUGUGAGUCCGGACUACAGUCCUGGUCAUGGUCUGUUCCUCUGGGUCGUGGCCUAACCCUCCUCAGCGCGGUGCCUUCUUCUUCUUCUCCUUCUUCUUCUUUUUCUUCUUCUUCUUCUCUGGUUGGUUCGGGGCAUGCGGGCAUGCGGUGACACUGGCUUCAGUUGAAGUCUCACAUUUUUCAUAAAUUAUAUCUGUAUUUUUGUAUAAAUUGUGAUAAAUUAUUUGAUUUUAAAUGUUUGUGUUGUAGAUUUAAAGUAGAUGUUUUCGUUCAUACCUCAUGUUUGUCCGGCUCUUCAGAUGUAAACGCGGGGACGCUCAGGGAGGACGGGGACAAACACAAAUAUGAAAUUAAUCCAUAAAGAAAAAAACUAAAUAGUGAUCGAUCUCAGUUUUGGAAAAUAAAAACCGUUAAAGCUCGCGCCUCCUGAAGUGCUCCCCCUUGUGGUUUGUGAGAGUCGUGGACCUUCUGCCUUAACUCACGUCAGACCUCCUCAGUUUCUGAACGCACAAACUUCCU